AUCAAUGGGCUGUGAUUUGGAUCGGUUAGGGUUUUAUGGGCCUUUUUUGAGUUAUUGGGUUUAGAUUUCGAUGGGCUUUUCUUUUUUUUUUUCUUACAAAACCUAUCUUUCGAACAAAAUCUAGGCGUCGGGAAAAGGCAAGGAGCUUAACCUUCAUUCUUUCUCUUCUUCUGUUUCUCUUUCGUUUUACCAUCGACAAAUAAAAAUCCAAAUGGGAAGCACAGCCGUUGAGAAGACAGCAGAGGAGCUUCAGCGAGAGAUCGAUGAGCUCCACCGCCAACAACGCGAGAUUACGGAGAGGCUGAGGGAUCCUCGGGGACUCCGAAGGGGAGGAUUUUCGGGCGCCGGCCCUCGUAACUUCGCCGCCAAUGGUGCUCGUCAGCGAGGCUUUCUUCGAUCGGCUGAUAGGACUGAUGUGGAAGACCAACCUCCGGCUAAGAGGCGAUUGUCGUCGGCUGUUGUCAAGGUGGAAGAUGGUGAGAUUAUUGAUGAUGCUGAAGUGGCAAAGGAUGUCAGUGACACAGCUAUCGAAGGAUCUGGAGCAGUCAAUGAGACUGAUAGAAAGCUAUCUACUCUGCAGCAAAGUGGUUGGCCUAGAAGGGAUGGAGAGCAAAGGCCAGUGAAGAAGGACGCUGAAGCUCCCAUUGCAGAGCACGUUCCAAGGAUUUUGCCCAAGGAUGAGGAUCCAAGCUUGAUUAAUAGGAAUAAAAGAAUGUUGGGGCAACUUUUAGGGACUUUGGAGAGAUUCAGGAAAGAAGAUAAGCAACUUUCAGGAUCAGAGGCAUAUAUGCGGAGGUCAAACUCUUUGCAAAGAGCUGAGCAAAGAGCUCGCGAAGAAAGUGAAAAGCUGAGGCAACAAGAGCGUGAACAAAUUGCAGAAAAGAGAAGGAGAGAUCUGACUCUUAGGGCUCGUGUAGCUGCCAAGGCGGAAGAAAAGAAGCUGGAGUUGUUGUUUCUUCAGUGGAGUGAGCACCACAAAAGGCUUAGCAAUUUUAUAAGGACUAAAACAGAGCCUUCAAUAUAUUACUUGCCAACGAAACCAUUGCAUGAAGAUGCAACCAUACAUGAGCUGCAAAAGGAACAAGAAUUUUUAGAAUGGAAGACAGCUAGGAGAGAGGAACUGUCUGAAUAUCAGAAACAGAUUGGAGAAGUGUGUGUUGCCAAUGUCGAAAAGGAGUUGGAGAGGUGGCAAAAUGCCAGGAAAGCGAGGAAACCAAACAAUGACAUGAACCUGCAAGAAACAAUGGACAAAGAAUUGGAUACCCAUAGACUUGAGCAUGGUCCAAAGAAGAGAAAGAUACCUGGUGGAAACAAUGAGGAUGAGGAGGAUGUGGAAGAUAUCAAUGUUGGGGAGGAUGAUAUGAUGGAUGAUGUGCUAGUUGUUGAUGAUUAUGGUAGGAAGGGAGAUGAGACUGCCAAAGCCGAGCCCGGCAACACUAGUCCACUCCGUGAUAAUGUUGCUGAUCAGCAAUGAAUGUAACCAAUUUCUCAGCUAGGUAUCGGUGGAUUGUGGGAUAGUGAUUAGUCCAAGGAAGCAGUCUCUUACUGACAAGCAGUGUGGAUUAGAUGGAUUGAGUGUUUGAGCAAAACGUUCUAACUCAUAU